AUGAACAACGAUUAUCUGACCACACUAAAGUACGGUCAUAUCAUAGCUAAGAUCCACGGUAAAUCGCAAGUUUUACUUAAAGAAUCGGAUUAUCUUGCACUGCAACAAUGUGAUGCAUUGGAUGAAGUGAUACUAAAAUUACAAUCCUUUCCAUAUUCAAAGUAUCUCUCAGAGGAUAUGAAGUUCACCAAAAAAGAAUUUACCAAAAGACUCACCAAGUCUAUGAUAGAUGAGUUUACCCAACUCUAUCUCCAAAACAGCAAAGAGGAUGAGGAAUUGUGUGAUCUUUUAGGGUACUUCAUCAACCACUACAAAAUACAGAACUUCAUAUAUCUCCUAGCAUCUAAACAAGAAGACCCAGAUCUUGGUAGAUCGUUUGAGAACAUUGAAGAGAUAGGCAGAUUCAAUGAAUUGAAUACCUUAAAAUUUGCUAAUGAUAUGGUGGAUGUCUACAAGUUUUGUGUAGAAAGUACCUUUCUAAAGGACUAUUACCAUAAAAUACACAUAGAGAGAGAUAUCCACAAGAAUGACUUCCAAAUUUUACAUUCGUACCUCCUAAAGCACCACAUCGAUACUUUCUAUGAGAAGUGCAAGAGGAGUAGCACCUUGGGGUACAUGAAGACCAUUUUAGAGUUUGAGGGGGAUAGAAGAAUCAUUGAAAUUGUCCUAAACACUCUAAAUAACUCAGAGAUAGUCAACAAGAAAAGAGCCGAGAUGUUCCCCAACACAUCCUCCAUGGAUCUUGGAAUUAGAAAGAAACUUUCCUCUUGUACCUCUGUAGACGAGCUGAGGGGGGUUUUGAGCACUCAUCCCUUCUACAGGAAGAUGGUAACGGUAGAGGAUGAGGAGAUUCUAAAUGCCCUGGUAGAGUUGGAAAUGAGAAUUUAUGUCACAUCGUUUACUGUUUACAAUGAUCUAUCUUGUAUCUAUUCAUACUUUAAAAUGAAGGAACAAGAAGUCAAGAACAUUCUUUGGAUCAUAGAAUGCAUCCUACAGGAGAGAAAGGAGGCUAUGAGGAGUAUAAUCAUACCAGAGAAGGUAUCAAUAACAAACUAG